AUGCCAGUAACUCGAUUGAAGGUGAGAUGGAUUCGAUCGGAUGAAGAUGGUCUUACGUUUGAAUUCUGUGCACUGACAUUAAAUUUGGAUACAAGUUGGAUAUAUGAUAUUGUGGAUGCUCUUCUGAAGGAACGAAAUAUUUAUCACGAUAAUGCAAUUAAAGACGAAACUAUCAUUGCUGGUAUGGAAAGGAGGUUGGAAUUGCUUGGAAAGAAAGUUGAAGAAAUGGAUAAUUACCGUCGAAAUUUAUCCAAUACUUUGAUUUCGAAAUUUGUCGCUAUCCAAAACAGAAAGACCAGUUCAUGAUAUUCACGUGAUACAUGAAAUUUUGCAUGGAUGCUUAGAUUGUAAUUUUGCUAGAUAUGAG